UCUCCAGUCCAGAUAUCGCGUUGGUUUCGAGGGCUCUUGGAAGAUGCAUAAAUUGUUGAUCGGAACGGCUCUGUCGAGAAAGAUCUCAGUUUAAUUCGUUGUUCUUUUACUUCAUACUUUCAUUUUUAGAUAUGACAUUAUUUUUUGAAGCAGGCUUGGUUGUUUUUGACUUCCGUGUUUAAUGCACUAAAUGGCCAAACUUUGUUAUGGACUUCUGCACAGCUCUAUUAUACUGCUGAUCCUAAUAUUGUUGACAUAUGGGCUACUUACCCUGGCACAUGAAGCCUUUUCAACCUCAGGAGAAAUAAAGGGUUCAAAACUCUCAUACAGAAAUGUGAAAUCUCAAAUUAAUGUAAGCAAUACUUCAGAUCCCAGAGAUAAAUACUCUGAUCAGUGUGGUUUACCUGUGGAGAGCCGUAUUGACUGUGCUCGUGAUAGAUCUUUAAGUCAGGAUGCCUGUGAGAACAGAGGAUGCUGUUAUGUGCCCCUACCACAGUCUGGAUUCGGUGGGCCACCAUGGUGUUUCUACCCAGCCUCUUACCCAGGCUACAAAAUGGGGGACCUGGUAACUACUGAGAGGGGCCAAAGGGCCACUCUGACCCGUUCCACACCCUCUUACCUGCCCCGGGACAUCUCCACAUUGCAACUAGAUGUGAUUGCCGAAUCUUCAGGUUGUCUGCAUCUUACUAUAAAGGACCCUUCAUCUCCACGAUAUGAGGUCCCGUUUGUGACCUCUCAUCCCAGGGGCCCCCGUGACACACAAAACCCUCUCUAUGAAGUGGAGUUUCAACCAGACCCCUUUGCUUUUAUUGUUCGCCGCAAGUCAAAUGGGCGUGUUCUUCUGAAUACCACAGUAGGACCCCUCCUGUUUGCGGAUCAGUAUCUACAGCUCUCCACCUGUCUUGCUUCCUCACUGAUAUCUGGACUGGGUGAGCAUUACACCCCCAUCACGCUGGACCUCAACUGGACCUCUGUUUCAUUAUGGAACAGAGACAUGGCGCCCCAUAGAAAUGCCAACCUGUAUGGCUCUCAUCCUUUCUUCAUGAUCCAAGAAGGUGAUGGACAGGCGCAUGGAGUCUUUCUUCUCAAUAGCAAUGCAAUGGAGGUGCUGUUACAGCCCUAUCCAGCAUUAACUUGGCUAACCAUUGGAGGGAUUUUGGACUUGUACAUUUUCUUAGGCCCGAGUCCACAGACUGUGGUCCAACAAUAUCAUGAGAUCAUAGGUUUUCCUGCAAUGCCCCCAUACUGGUCACUGGGGUUCCACCUCUGUCGAUGGGGCUAUACUUCAACCAACAUCACAAGAACUGUGGUACAACUCAUGCGCCAAGCCCAGUUCCCUCUGGAUGUACAGUGGAACGACCUUGAUUAUGCGGAGCAAAGAAGAGUUUUCACUUUUGACCCACAACGGUUUGGGGAUCUGCCCCAAAUGGUUCAUGAGUUCCAUCAGCUGGGCUUGAAGUAUGUGCUUAUACUGGACCCAGGCAUCAGCAGCACAAGCCCUCCUGGUUCAUACAAACCCUUUGAUGAUGGUCUGAAGAGGGGAGUAUUUAUCACCAACUCCACUGGACAGAUCCUUAUUGGGAAGGUAUGGCCCGGUCCAACUGCAUUCCCAGAUUUUUCCAGUCCUACAACUAUGGACUGGUGGAUGGAUUGUAUCAGACUCUUUUACUACAAGGUUCCUGUUGACGGACUUUGGAUAGAUAUGAAUGAGCCGGCUAAUUUUGUCCAGGGCUCUGUGAAUGGCUGUCCUGAUACAGACUUGGAAAAACCACCCUAUACCCCUGGUGUGAUAGGUGGCCAGUUAAACUCAGGAACACUCUGUAUGUCCGCUCUGCAAAAUCUGUCCAGUCAUUACAAUCUUCACAAUCUCUAUGGACUCACUGAGGCCAUCGCCACCCACAGGGCUCUGGUAAAAGUCAAGGGCACUCGACCGUUCGUCCUCUCCAGGUCGUCUUUUCCAGGACUGGGACGUUUCUCUGGACACUGGACAGGAGAUGUGCGGAGUGACUGGGAACAACUGCGCUUUUCGAUACCUGGUGUGCUGCUGUUCGGACUCUACGGGGUGCCGUUGGUGGGUGCUGACGUGUGUGGAUUUGGUGGGGACACCACAGAAGAGCUGUGUGUGCGCUGGACACAACUGGGAGCCUUUUACCCCUUCAUGAGAAACCACAAUGACAAACCCAAUGCCCCGCAGGAGCCUUAUGUUUUUAGUCAGCAAGCCCAAGAUGCCAUGAGGACUGCGAUAUUGCUGCGCUACUCUCUGUUACCUUUCCUCUACACGUUGUUUCACCACGCUCACACCUCCGCCAGCACUGUGGCUCGUCCUCUAUUCCUUGAAUUCCCUGCUGAUCCAAAUUGUCAGACCAUAGACCGGCAGUUCCUGUGGGGCAGUUCGUUGCUUAUCAGUCCGGUUUUGGAACAAGGAGCGGUAGAGGUGUCCGCCUAUCUUCCUCCGGGGACUUGGUACAGUCUGCACAAUGGGAAAGCAUAUAACAGCAAAGGCCAAUAUAUUGUAUUUCCUGCUUCAUUGGACACCAUUAAUGUUCAUGUGAGAGAGGGAAGCAUUAUCCCGCUACAGGCUCCUGCAUUGACUACUACUGAGUCACGCAGAAACCCUUUCAUUCUGCUUGUGGCAUUAUCUGUAGAAACAUGGAGCAAAGGGGAUCUCUUCUGGGAUGAUGGAGAAAGCCUGGAGACUUUUGAACGGGGAGAUUAUUCAUAUCUUUACUUUUUUGCUAAAGAGUCUUAUUUGGUAGGUAAGCCAGUCAAAUUAAAUGGAUCUCUUGACCAUUUGGUCCUGGGUGAAUUGCGCGUUUUCGGGGUUCAGACUCCUCCUACGGCUGUAUGGGCCAAUGGGAAAAAGGCUUGUGACUUCUCGUACAACACAGACACAAAGGUUCUUACGGUGCCUGACCUGGACUUACCCAUGACUGCAAUGUUCACAGUACAGUGGAGUUGAGGAAAGCAUAAGAAGCAUAAGAUCUGUGCUGUUAUACUACCAUGUAAGAUUUAUCUUUUAGAUGAAUCAGCAAGGGUCGAUGAAUGUUUUAAGCAUCACACCUAGCCAAUGCUGUACUAGUAACCUCCGAUGAUAAAAGAAAACCCAGAAAGGAGAAAUUGGGGAUUUGUGCCAUACCAUGUGCCUUUGGCAAAGAAUGGCAGCUGACAAAGUACACUGGAUUUGCAGUAUUUUCAUCAAAGAUAAGCUCAUGUAAAUAUUUGAUAUAUUAUUAAUUGUAUUUUUAGCCAUAAAUCAUAUUCUAACAUGAAUUGUUGUGGACUGAGGCGAUCGACUACAGUGGCCCAUAAAAUGUAAGGAUCAGUACUACAUCGUAUCAGUACAGGUUGUGGAGACACUGGUAUCAUUGUAUGUUUGUAAUAAAUACAUUGUUUCCCUGCUAUUGCAUUGAAAGGAGACAACGGUUGACACCAUUGACAGAAGUGUUUUACAAUUGUGCAUUAGGUGGCGCUGUUAAACAUCUAUUAAAAGAGUAAUAGAUUUGUUUUGCAAGGAACAGAAACGAAACCAGAAACUUUCUAAAAAGAUAUGUUCCGGAACAGAACCGUUUAUUGAAAAUAAUUCAAAACCAUGGUGUUGUUGUUUUUUUACAAAUGUAAAGUGGUAGUAAGUUUUGCCACCACAACUUUAAGUUAAACCCAACCCUUUAGUUUCUUUUAAGACCAGCAAGGAUUAAAAUACAUUGUGCCAAACCACAAACAACAUUUGGCUGUAAAACGUCAAACUUUAAGAAUUAAUGUUAUGUAUGAUGUUAUGUAACAAACAUAAGAAAAACAUAUUGUAGGAGCAUAAGCGUAUAUAAGUGUCUCGUAACAGACAGAUAAAUAUGCAUUUACACAGCUAUUUUCAUUGCAUAAAUGUUUAAAUUAAUGUUUAAAAUAAAAUGAUGGAUAUAAGAAGUUCAAAUGUAUUAAAUCAUGGGUCUUCAACAGGGGGUCCGGGGCCCCUUGGGGGUCCGUGGUGGUAUUACUGGGGGUCCCCCAAAUAUUAUUUGAAUUCAAUAAAAAAAAUGAAAUUAGACAUUCAUGAAAAAUGCAUUGAUGGAUGAUGGAUAUAAGAAGUUCAAAUGUAUUAAAUCAUGGGUCUUCAACAGGGGGUCUGUGGUGGUAUUACUGGGGGUCCCCCAAAUAUUAUUUGAAUUCAAUAAAAAAAUGAAAUUAGA